AUGGUGACAUUCACGCUGGAUCUUGGAAGUCAUGCUUAUCAUCCGUUAAAGAAGAGGAGCUUUUUGCUAUUGAAACUUUUUGCUAUUGUCUUUGCUGUGCUCCUUUUUUGUGAAUUUUUAAUCUAUUACUUAGUGAUCUUCCAGUGUAACUGGCCUGAGGUGAAAACCCCAGCCCAUGGCAGGGCUCAGGGGAGUCCUGAGCCUGUGCUCAAAGCCAUGUUCUUGGCGGAUACCCACUUGCUCGGGGAAGUAAGAGGCCAUUGGCUGGAUAAGUUACGAAGGGAAUGGCAAAUGGAGAGGGCCUUCCAGACAGCUCUGUGGUUGUUGCAGCCUGAAGUAGUGUUUAUUCUUGGGGAUAUCUUUGAUGAAGGAAAGUGGAGCUCAUCCCAGGCAUGGGCCGAUGAUGUGGAGAGAUUUCAGAAAAUGUUCAGACACCCACAGCAUGUACAGCUGAAGGUGAUUGCUGGGAACCAUGACAUUGGCUUCCAUUAUCAGAUGAGCGCAUACAAAAUAAAACGAUUUGAGAAGGUUUUCAACUCUGAAAAGCUGUUUUCUUGGAAAGGAAUUAAUUUUGUGAUGGUGAACAGCGUUGCUAUGGAGGGGGAUGGCUGCGGCAUUUGCUCUGAAACAGAAGCUGAACUCUUUGAAAUUUCUCACAAACUGAACUGCUCCCGAAAGCAUGUAACCCCUUCCAGUGGGUGUGGAGACAGGCAGCAGCUCCCGGCCUCAGCCCCAGUCCUUCUGCAGCAUUAUCCACUUUACCGCAGAAGUGAUGCGAAUUGUGUUGGGGAAGAUGCUGCUCCUCCCAAGGAAAAGAACAUCCCAUUCAAGGAGAGAUAUGAUGUGCUUUCCCAGGAGGCUUCACGCAAGUUACUGUGGUGGGUCCAGCCCCGCCUGGUCCUUAGUGGCCACACACACAGCGGCUGCGAAGUGAUCCACAGUGGGGGAGUGCUCGAGGUCAGCAUCCCGUCCUUCAGUUGGAGAAAUAGAAACAAUCCCAGUUUCAUCAUGGGAAGCAUAACGUCCACAGAUUAUUCCCUCUCCAAGUGCUUCCUUCCCCUGGAGCACACGGUCCUGGCCACCUACUGUGGAACAACUGUGGCCCUCCUGGCCCUCAUACUAGCUCACUUUGAACUUUUAACCUGGCCUUUCAUUUUUGGUUUAAACCUGCUUCGGAAGCGUAAGGUGAUGUGA